AUGAGCCGUGUCAUCCUCGUCACCGGGGCCAAUCGAGACACGACUGUUAUUGGUACUGCCCGGGACGUCUCCUCCGCGAAUGCGAAAGAUCUCAAUGAGCUGCCAAAGGGCGAAGGCUCUCGCCUGAUCGUCGUGCCGUUAAGCUCCGAUAGCCCACAGGGCGCGAUAGAGGCUGUAUCGGAGAUCCAGACGCAGCACAGUGUUGGGCAUAUUGAUAUUGUCAUUGCUAAUGCGGGCAUUUGCAACCACUACGGACCGGUAGUAGAAAUGACCGAGUCCGACGUGCUGUCUCACUUUGAAGUAAAUACACUGGGACCACUUAGACUGUUCAGAGCUGUUGCGCCCCUGCUGCAGAAAGCCAGUAUUCCCAAGUUCGCUUAUGUCUCUACGCUCCUGGCCAGCAUUCAUGAAAUUGAACAGAUCCCUUCGUUGACCGCCGCGUAUGGGAUGUCGAAGGUGGCUGGAAACUAUCUUAUAAAGAAGAUCGAUGCGGAGAAUCAGUACUUGAUCGCUUUGCCAAUUGAUCCGGGAAUGGUACAGACUGACAUGGGGAGUCGUGCAGCACAAGCCAAUGGGCUAGAGAAGGCUCCGGUGACUGUCCAGGAUACUGUUCUUGGGAUCACCAACCAGAUUGAGGCAGCGACAAAGUCGACCACAUCUGGUCAAUUUGUUAAUUAUAACGGGGAGAGGGCUGGGUUUGUUCACAUACUACAUGGCAUGAUCCUCCUUCUGCCAAUUCCAUGCAGACUACUUCCCCGGUUCCCACUUGUUUGA